CCGGGUCCCUCAGAGGGCACCGGGAACUACAUUUCCCGAGGAGGGAACGGCCCCGGCGGGCCACGCGUUCUGGGGGCGACGCAGCCGCAGCUGGGUCCAGAACCAGAGGGUGUUCGGGGACCAGGCCGUAAAGAGGGGUGGCUUUUCUUCCCUCUGUCUGGUGCCCAGGCGGUGCCAGCUCUGUGGUGCCCUUGCCCCAUUGCCGUGCGUCCCCUGCCCGGCUCCCUUGUUUUUCCAUAGUCCCCGCGGGGAGUUGGGGGCCCCGAGUUUCGGAGGUAGGGGUCGCCGUCCCGCGCGGGGGUUAGGGGCGCGCCCCUCCUACCUCGGGCCUGUCAACCUCGCGGCCCGGCCCGGCCCGGCCCGAGUCUCUAUGGGCCCCACCCGGAAGCCCAACGUGUGUCCCCGGCUGAGUCGCCGGGCGCUGGGCUUCUUCUCGCGCGACGCAGGCGUGGUACAGAGGACGACUGGCAUCCUGCGGGCGCUGGUGUGCCAGGAAAGUACUAAAUUUAAGAAUGUUUGGACUACUCAUUCAAAGUCACCUAUAGCCUAUGAAAGAGGAAGAAUAUAUUUUGAUAAUUUCGGUGCUGUGUCCAGCAGUGUUGCAUCAGAACCCAGAAAACUUUAUGAGAUGCCAAAAUGUUCCAAAUCAGAAAAAAUAGAGGAUGCUUUAUUAUGGGAAUGUCCAGUGGGGGAAAUGCUGCCCAAUCCAUCGGAUUACAAAUCCGCACUCAUAGCACUGACUGCUCAUAACUGGUUACUUCGUAUAUCAGCAACUACAGGAAAAGUCCUUGAGAAAAUAUAUCUUGCUUCGUAUUGCAAAUUCAGAUACUUGAGCUGGGACACUCCUCAAGAAGUCAUUGCAGUGAAGUCAGCAUUGGCCCGACAGGCAGGCCCUCAACAGUCUGUUUUGCUGUACCUUGCAGUGUUCCAUGUUCUACCUUUUUCACUCAUAGGGAUUCUGGAGAUCAGCAAAAAGAUUUUCGGGAACGUUACAGAUGCUACGUUAUCUCAUGGAAUACUGAUUUUGAUGUACAGCUCAGGACUGGUCAGACUCUAUAGCUUCCAAGCCAUCACUGAACAGUUCAUGCAACAGAAACUUGACUUAGGGUGUGCAUGCAGAUGGGGUGGGACUACUGGAACUGUAGGAGAGGCUCCUUUUGGCAUUCCUUGUAAUAUUAAAAUCACAGACACGCCACCGCUGCUCUUCGAGGUCUCCUCCCUGGAGAAUGCCUUUCAGAUUGGAGGCCAUCCUUGGCACUACAUCAUUACACCUAAUAAGAAGAAACAGAAAGGAGUUUUCCAUAUUUGUGCCCUUAAAGACAAUUCCUUGGCAAAAAAUGGGAUCCAAGAAAUGGAUUGUUGUUCCCUAGAAUCUGAUUGGAUCUAUUUCCAUCCUGAUGCUUCUGGUAGAAUAAUACAUGUUGGCCCAAAUCAGGUCAAAGUUUUAAAGCUAAAAGAAAUAGAAAAUAGUAGUGCCCAGCAUCAGAUCUCUGAAGAUUUUGUCAUUUUGGCUAACAGGGAGAACAAAAAUGAAAACAUACCCACUGUUACUGCUUCUGGACGGGUGGUAAAAAAGAAAUUUAACCUUCUGGAUGAUGACCCAGAACAAGAGACUUUCAAAAUCGUGGACUAUGAAGAUGAAUUGGAUUUGCUUUCUGUGGUAGCUGUUACCCAAAUAGAUGCCGAAGGAAAAGCUCACCUAGAUUUCCAUUGUAAUGAAUAUGGAACUUUACUGAAAAGCAUUCCACUAGUGGAGUCAUGGGAUGUGACAUACAGCCAUGAAGUUUAUUUUGACAGAGACUUGGUGCUGCACAUAGAGCAGAAACCCAGCAGGGUCUUCAGCUGCUAUGUUUACCAGAUGGUCUGUGACCCUGGGGAAGAAGAAGAAACCACCAACAGAAGUUGAAAAAAAGAGUGAGAUCAUUUUAAAUUUUGAGAUGUAACAUAUGAGACUUUUAUCCAUACACCCCAGCAACUGUGUCCAGUCCUUUUUAUUACCCAUAUAUCAAGUUCUCCAGUAUUUUCCAGAAAAGAUCUUGUAAUUACUUCGGAUGACUGUGACUUCUUUUGUAAACUCUUGCCAUACAGGGUGGUGAGAACUUCAUCUUAUGUAAAGGAGUUUUAGAAUGCCCCCCCCCCCCAAGAAGCCUAGACUUUUAGAGCUUUUACCUAGGUGGUGGUGUAAAUGUAAAAUGUAUUUCAAUCAGGUGUUUAAUAUGGCUCUUAAAGGGUAUUGUGGAAUUGUGAUUGCUAAGACUAAGAAGGAAAGACAAAAAGAAAGAUAAAAAAGAUAAAGGAAGAAAUCCUGUGUCCUCUAUACCAAACUUUGCUUAAGGAUGAGAAAUGACAUCUGGAAUGUGAAAACGUACUUUUGAACCAAAAAUGUGUCAUUGCAGUUUUUUUUAAAUCUUAUACAUGUGUCUAUGUUCUAUAUUUGUACAGAUUAUUUUUUCUUCCAUGGCUUUAUUCUCUUGGCUUGAUGUUUCCUUUGAUUAUUUGUGUUUCUAUCAUAGACUAAUGUAAAAGGUUCCAAUCAAACUUUAAGUGAAAUUUUUUCCAAUAUGUAGCUUGUUUAGCUGUUGAUUAUUAAAAAUAUUAUAUUUUUUCACCAUUUUGUAUAUUUGGUGUAUCUUCCAAUUGUGCUUAGGCAAUAUUUUCACACCUGUACAAUAAGAUAAAGGUACUCCGGGCUGCACCGGUUCCACUCCUGCAGAAGAGCAGGUAGUUUGGGAGUAGUUUGGGAGGUGACUACUUGGCUAGAAAAAACUGUUGGCUUUAUCGUGGUUGUGAAAUGAGUAUUUUUUCUUCUUUGUUAGAAUUGAUCCAAAUAUGACCCUUGAACUCAGAUAAUCAUUCUUCAGAAUGUUAAAUAAAAGCAACCUAAGUAAAAGGAGAAAAUAUUUCUUCAUGCUUUCUGCAUGAGAAAUCUGAUUGCUCGCAACACACGUGUUGAGCACGUUCCGCUGAGUCAGCCUCACACAAAUAACUAGUGAAAAUACAAGGGGAGAAAACAGCAGUGAAAACCAUUGCUCAUUUGAAUUUAAGGGUAAAAAUGGAGGAUUUUAGCUUUGAUGAUUUACUAAAAUCCUUCUGUUUUUCCUUCAGUUUUGGCUUGAUCUCAAGUUAAGAAUCAUGUAAAUUCUGCCCUGUUCUGCCCUUAAAGUUUGCGGGUAAAUUUCAAGCUUAUUAUAACCAAGAGGGCUGAGGACAGAACAGGUAUUAGCUAUUCUAAAAGUCAAGAAAUUAGUAGCAGAGUCCAUAAAUUUAAAAGAAAUAAAAGGAACAAGCCUACAGCCAUCUUUUGUGCAACAAAAAAGGAAAUUGGUAACAUUUUAGAAUAAGAGAAAACAUUUAUAUGUGGGCUAAAAAUUCAAUCUGUGUAUUAUAACCAGUGAUUACUUCAUGUGCAGGAUGAUAAAACUAUCUUCAUAUAUUAAAUUUGAAUACUUUUAUAGCCACUAAUUGAAAAUUUCAUUCUAGUUUUAUGCAUAUUUAAUAAUACUAUUCAAUUCAAUAUUUGAAGCUUUCAGAGCAUUUUAGAGACAUGAUGUGAUUACAAAGCAGUUGAAUAGUUUCAAUGUGCUAGAUAUAACCCCAAACUUCCAAUUAGACACUAAGUAAAUGGUCCUGCCCAGUUAAUUUAAAUUUUGAAAAAGAGGGAAUAGAUUAAAAAUACCAGAGAAAAGAAAGAAAGCAGUGUUGUGUGGGUUUCAAAGCAGAUGUAUAAAGCCUACUCUUUGUUUCCAAGAAUGUUUCAGGAAAGGAUGUCCUAAGACUGGAAUCCAGUAA